CCGCGACCCGCGUGCACCACUGCCGCACAGCGCCGCCGGCGACGCCGCCGCGACCACCGCGAACUAACUUCUACAACAAUUGCACAAUGGGAACAAACCAGAUCGCCGUGUUUCACGCCGAAUCGAAUAUGUGAAGUGUUCUACUUGUGUUCUAGCCGCGCCGACUGCUGUCUUAAACACUCACGAUUAUUUUCGUGUUUGCAUUAUGUCGGCUGGCGAUUAAGCUUUGAUUUUGCUUGCAUUUUCCAGUUUCAAUUAUGCAGGCGCGGCAACGGCGAUAAAGAAGAAAUACUGCUGUUGAUGUAACUGAAGUUAACUUCAAAUCAGCAUUCCAUAGCAAACAACCGCAUCAAUGAUGGCGAUACCGAGACGGAUAUGGCUGCGCUCCGGUGCAGUGGUGCUUGUGAUGCCGGGCGUGACGUACGCGCGAGUGGCCGGCAAGAUGGGCGGCUACUCCAACAAGAUGGGAGGAAAAUCCACAAGCGGUAUAAACGAAGAAAUCAUAUGGAUAAGUAUAAGCAUGGCGAUAGCGAUUGCUGUACUGAUCGCAAUCGCGCUCUGCUACAUCCUGAAGGAGAAGUGCACCAAACGCCAGUCGUAUAGGGAGCAGUCAUGACGAUACAAGGAGGAGUUUGCGAGGCACGCCCUCGCGGACUCCCUCAGCGACCUGGACCUAGACCUGCCAGCGUACACACUCUACCCACAAUACUCCCCAGACGGCAAGGAAUACUUCUACAACUUCCACCGUUUCUCAUACAUAAGGGACAGUUUCAAACUACCCCCAAAAGAUUACCCAGUGAAAGUAAAAGAAGAUAUAUACAUCAACGCGUGAUCAAAUUGGCCCAUACAGGUCAAAUUAUUUUGUAAUGUCAAUGUGUAUGAAUCGAUUUAACAUUAUUAACUAUAUAGGAAUAAUUAUAUAAUAUCGAAGAACAUCAAGUGUAACUUAAUUAAACGUAAUUAUGUCUAAUUCAUCAAAAAUUAACAGUCUUGCCCUCAUUCUCAAGCAAACGUACUUAUAAACGACGAUAUUAAGUCAUAAAGGUGAUGGAAUUGAAAUCCACUUGACUGUGAUAGAAAGUUUUGGCGUGUCGCACUAAUCUAAGGAAGUUUAUAUAACUAACUUAGCUAAGAUCCAAACAAGCAUAAAAAUCUGGCUUAUCCGCCAUAUUUGCUGUAAACACCGUUAAUUGCCACUAUGCAUGUGUCCCAGUACUUAUAAACUAAACUCUUGUGUUAGUAAGUUUUUGUAUUUCGUUUCUCAAAUUUAAUAAAUUUAUACUCUGUACUUAUACAACACGGAUAAUAACCGCGGUAAAGCAGGUGAAAUGUAUACAUUAAGCAACCGGAUCUUAUCACAAAAUAGUUUAUACAAAAUCACCGCUAAAUUCAUAUUUGUUAGAACGUUAUAAUUUAUGAAAGCAAACGUAGCUUGUAUUAAAUAUUGUGUACGAUAAACUCUGACAUCGGCGAACAAAUGUGGCGGUUGGGCACCAUAGUUACAUCGUAACGAGGAAUAAGCACACUACUCGUGCCUCCCUGCUGCAAUGCUUAUUUUAUUUUACACUGCGAAUACCGCUAAAUGUCUAUGUGUGGUAUUUCCUUUUUAAAAUAUUUUUAUAUUACCAUCCUUAAUAAGUUUGCUACAUUUAAAAUAUUCCAAUUAUGAAUCUGUGUCGUUAUUAAUAAAACUAUUGAAUACAACAGUGCAUUAUUGCAUGAAUUUAUUAUCAUCAAAUCGUGUAAUAUAGUCUAGCUUACAGUUGUAUGUAAUUAUUAUAAUUAUAUUUAUUUGAAUUAUAUUAAUAAUUAUUGUAUUCUUACAGAAUACAGGAAUUUUAUAUAAACAAUGUAAAUAAUUUAUUGUAUAAAUCUAAAUGUGCUAGGUGUACAUAAAGUGCUCCAGUAGUAAAAAAAAUAUAUGUAUAACGUAAAUAAAUAUUAUAUAAACGAAUAUUACACGGUAAUAAUGUAAUUUAACAAGUAAAGACCAAAAAUUGUAGUUAAUCUGACAUUCAUGUGAUUAUGAAUUUUUUAGACAGAAAUAAAGUUACGGCUGAAAAUGG